AUGGACAAGCGCAGUCUAGCAAGGAGUAAAACCUCGUGUUCGUCUUCUUUCCGGCUUCGUUGCCCGAGUCUCAAUGCCCUUCGUCUUCGACGAAUUUUCGAUCUCUUCGACAAAAACCACGACGGCGCCAUCACUGUUGAAGAGAUCAACCAGGCUCUCCAGGUCCUCGGCUUGGACGCUGAUCUCUCCGAAUUAGAGUCCAUGGUUAAAGCCUUCCUUAAACCGGAGAAGAUUGGGCUAGAAUUCGACGAUUUCGAAGCUCUUCACAGAUCGUUGAACGACACAUUCUUUGGAUUUCAGGAGGAAUCGUUAGCAGAGGAGGGAGGAAAAGAGAGCGAGAAGCAGGAUGAGGCAGAUCUGAUGGAGGCGUUCAAAGUGUUCGACGAGAACGGCGACGGAUUCAUAUCGGCGAGGGAGUUGCAAGUGGUGCUGGGAAAACUAGGGUUGGCAGAAGGCAGGGAGAUGGACAGGGUGGAGCGGAUGAUCUCCUCCGUGGAUCUCAACCAAGACGGUCGCGUUGAUUUCUUUGAAUUCAAGGACAUGAUGCGCAGCGUUGUGGUCAAAAGCUGUUAA